AAUUAAAUGAAUUUAUAGUUUCUCGAGAAUUUGAACUAGCAUAUUUUCAGUGAAAACCAAGUUUAGUUAGGUUUAGCAUUACCAAAUCUCCGAGGGGCACCCGUUUAGACGCAACCUGCUGAGGAAAGUGAAAUUCCCCACGCGAGUGGCGCAACUGAUGAACGCAGCGAAGCGGACACUUCAAGUCCCAAAUUGCAAAGCACAAUUUGUCGCCAGUUGCCUGCAAUUCCUCAGACAGUAUUAAAAAGUCGAUGACAUGGCGCCGCCGACUUUAGUCAUCAUGUUCGCCAGUAAACUGAAGCUUCGGAUCGCAUUAAGCCUUUUCUUCUGGACGAAUCUUGUCGUUGGCCAAAAUGCCACCGUUGAAGGGGUCUCCGACCGAACAGAAAACCAACUUGAUCUGGCCGGUUCCGCUACUGCCAAAAGUUUUGAACCACCUCCUGAAUUUUACAGGGGUCCGGGCUCAGGAUCGAGUUCUUCAAGUGGUUCCAGCAGUCAUCCUUCGCUUGGAAGUGUUGGCGAAAGUCUGAGCGAAACCUACAACAAUUGGAGAGCUGGAAGUGGGAAUUUUCAAGACCGAAUUAGUGUGGGUCAUUAUGGAGCUGCCGGAGGAGUUGCUUCUGGAGUAGCAUCGCAUUCACCGACCGUGGGCAGCUUCGAAAGCAAUUCUCAUCCUUAUCCCUACGAGUACUCGCACGCCAGUGGAGGAGGUGCCAAUCUUGGAGGUGGAGGUGCCUAUUUCGGUAGCUCCAGUGUCGAGGCGGGUAUUCCAUUCGACGUUUAUGGAUCGCGACCUGGUCACGGUGUUGGCCAUGGUCACUAUUCCCCGCCAGAGUAUGCGUAUCCGUAUCCCCUGGAUCCCCACGAAAUCGCAGCGCACAAGGGUCCCGGUCACGGCGAAUUGUCAUCCAAGGCGCUGCUGGCCAAGAGCUUUCUAAUCCCGCUGGCCAGUGCUGCGGUUCUGGGUAUCGCUGCCGCCUUGGUCAGUAAUCCCCUGCUCCUCCAGUUGGGUACUGUUUCCGGACUGGGAACCAUUGUCGGCAAACGCAAACGACGUGCAACCACUCGAAACCUGCUAUCAAAGAAAGCUCAUAAAUACACUAUAUAA